AUGUCUGAUAAUUUAGAAGAAACAAGCUUUGACUAUAUCGUGCUUGGAACAGGUUUAAUAGAGUCUAUUUUGGCUGGCUCACUUGCACGAGCCGGCAAAAAGGUACUCCACUUGGAUAGCCAUCAAAACUAUGGUGGAAAUUGGAGCGUCUUUGGCUUUCGAGAGCUUGUGCAAUGGUGUUUGGAGAGAAACAAAGAUAACAUUGCUGAAAUCAAAGAGGGUGAUUUGAGCAUCAACUACGAACACAAUUAUGGCUCGAACUUCAGAAAUGUGGAGCUACAGGUGUAUGACACCCAACUGGCCAGUACAGAAUUGGAUGAUCUAGCUGUCGAGGAAGGAUCUUAUAAGGAACUUAUACCUAAAACAUCAUUUUCUCAAGAUCAAGAAUUAGUGGAUGCCUACUUUAGCGACUUGACAGCCGAGAAUAUCAGCGAAAAGCUACCCCAAAUCAGUACUUUUGUAGAACUGCUAAACAAAUCUCGUUCUUACAACUUGGACACAACACCUAAAUUGCUGGGCACUCGAGAAGACUUGGUCGAAACAUUGAUCCGUAGUGGUGUUGGCCGUUACUUGGAAUUUAAAAAUGUCGACGAUAUAUACAUCUUUGACAAGGCCUUGAGAGCAUUGGAGAAGGUGCCUAGCUCCAAAGAGGAUGUAUUUACUAACAAGACAGUUAGUUUGAUCGAAAAGAGGAAAUUGAUGAAGUUUUUGACCUUUGCAAUGGAAUUGAAUGAGCAAAACGACGAUAAUGCACUACUCCAAAAUACUGAGAGCAUGUCUUACUGUCAAUUUUUACAAGAAAAAUUCAAGAUCACUGGUAAAUUGCAAGAAGCGAUUGUAUACGCCAUUGCGCUUGUAGAUGAUAAAGCUUCUGUCAAGGAAGGGUUAGACAGUACACAUCGAUUUGUUCAAUCUAUGGGUAGAUUUGGAAAGGGCGCGUAUCUGUGUCCUCUGUAUGGCGGUGCCAGCGAAAUUGCUCAAGCAUUUUGUAGAGUGUGCGCUGUGUACGGUGGUAUCUACAUCUUGAAUCAGCCCUUAGACAGAUUUGUUGUGGACAAAGAAACAGAAAAAUGUACGGGCAUCGUUACAAAAGAAGGACAAGAAUACAAGUGCAAGAAACUGGUCACUGGCAUGGAUUAUCUGAAUGCUUCAUCGUUACCUGCAAGGGAUGGCCACCAUGGCACUUGGAUUUCUAGGGCUAUGCUUAUUACAGGCACUCGAUUGGAAUCUAAGGAUGCCAAGCAGUAUCUUUCCGAGCCAUUGAGUUACUGCGUAUUCCCUCCUGGAAGCGAAGCUGGCAAUACAGAUGAACCCAUUUAUGGUAUCCAGCAGAAUGAUGAAAGCAUGGCAUGUCUUAGAGGUCAAUACGUUACCUAUCUGUGGACUGCAUCCAAGGAUGAUUCAGUGCUCAGAAAAGCUGUUGAUUUAUUGAUGGAAAAGAAGCCUGAUGUCACAGAGGAAGAAACUGAUAACCGAGAAUUCACAAAACUCAUCACAGUGUAUUAUGAUCAGUAUGUUCGCAACGCACAAUCAUUAUCAGCACCAUGGAAGAAUGUCGUAUUAUGCAGUGAUGCUGAUGUCUCGCUGGAUUUUCGAUCUGCUUUUGCAGAAGCCAAGAGCCUCUUCUCUCAAUGUGAACCUGUGGAUGCAGAAUUUAUGCCUGCCGCAGAGCAGGAACCAGAAGAUGAGGAUUAA